AUGGUCAAGGGCCCUUCUCAAUUCCUCCAUCUGCAUCUAUCCGCAUGCAAUUAUUUGCAGUAUAACAAACUACUUUACCGUGCAGAUUUUCCAAACAUGUUUUCCUCUGCAUCCAAUAAGAGUCGUCUGAGGCGCUCCACGUCCACCCGGUCCAUACAGCGACAAACGGGUCCAACGCCCGACCUGGCCAUGCAGCAAGCCGCAGCAGCCGCAUCCAAAGCAAUGCGGUCAAACCAGGGAUCAAGCCAGCGAUCAAGCCAAGAGUCUCGGGCAUCUUACGAUCAUCUAGGGGGACCGGCCAACAUUGCCGUGCCCCGUCGACGUCCCGGUUCAAGCCUUCAACGCGACAGUCCAUCGACCCAACACUCACCGGCCUUCUCAACGCCAUGUGUCCCAAAGAGCAAGGUGAAAUCGGCUGCUACCAAGAGCCUAGUCGAAGACGCAGCCGUGCUUCCUCCAAUCACAGAAUUCAAAGGCCUCGAUGGAAGAGACAGCUCCGUACCUUCCUCCUACCGCCGAUUGCGCAAGGCCAAGUCCAUGUUCGCGACGAGACCACGGACUUCCCAAACGCCGUAUGGCGUCCCUCCACUUCCUUGUGGAGAUCCCUCUGAUCUAGAGCGCAGCCCUGGCUUUCAGCUUCCACGGACAAUGAGACCUUCAAUGCCUUUCAUUCGGGGAGCCUAUAGGUCACAAGCUAGUAACAGUAUCGACCUGGGGGCGCAUGAUGCUGCUGUGAAGCUGGCGCGGAGUCAGUUUGCGCAAGAGCCGUGCGAAACCAUUCCCCGGCAUCGCCGACCGUCUUUCUUGCUCGGUCGCAAAAAGGAUCACAAGCCCUUCCGAAAGUCAUUCCGCGCUACGAGCGAGCCCCUGAGUGAAAGCUCGGCUUCGCAAUGUCGGUCCUUCUCGAGCUCAAUCAAAAACAGAUUGAAACGGGUCUUCGGUUUCUCCAAGGCUGUGGAGCAACAGUCGGCAUUGCGCGGUGAUCUGAGUGGUGUGGAUGCCGUUGCUCUGGCAGAUCCUACGGUUGGGAACCUUCGUCGCAAUGGGUCUGAGACUGAUCGCUGCCCUCCUUCCAACUCUUUCAGGGAACUGCCAGCUUCGCCCAGUCAGGACAGUGUCUGCACUGCCAAAUCGCGAGUGACCAGCUGGGCUGACUCGACGGUUGCAAACACUGUCACAACACGGAAGCCUGGACACCGGCAGUCGCUUUCUAUGAUCAGCGAGGAUAGAGGCAGGGUUUUCGGUCUCCGCACGCCGUGCACACCUUCGAAGAAUGAGGUCGGAAGUCUGAUUCCCCCCGCUCUCCGACCAAGUCCUCGUCCCAUCGGCUUGGUCAAUAGCCAGGACUUGUACCAUGCCUUGAUGGAACAGAUAGGUCAUAAUGAUCUUGCUGAUUCCAAUGAGAUUGUCUUUGGCAGUGUCACAAAGCACCGUGUGGUUCCGGAGCGGUCUGGCUCUGUUAUUUCACAACAUGGGAAGAGGCAGACUGUUCGCCCUGUUAGAAGCCUGUCGAGCUCACCCAGGUCUUUUGCAACUGCCUUCUGUGGUAAUCAGCCAAGCCCAUACAAGUCUCCUCCGCCGUCAACCUUCGUUAUAGGCGAGUGCUCUGAUGGUGAUAGUGACGGCAAUAGUGUCAUUGUGGCCCAUUCCCGCGACCCCAGAAGAGACGUUAUCUCUCCCAGUAUCUAUUCUCGGUCUACUGGUGGAAAUACACCAGUCAAAGCUGACCCAGAUGAUACAGUCCAUGUUGGUUCGUAUGAUGAACCAGGAACCGCGACUAUAUUUGCUUCUGAACGAACGGCCUACGUCUCACCCAAACGUGCUGCUCGGGUGUUAUUGCCCAAAACUUGUGUCAAUCCAAGUGGGGACUGGCAGCAAUGGAUUAAUUCGCAGGUUGACAAGAUCGAACAGACAAGUCCCCUGAGAGAGCACGUCAGAGAGGAGGCACAGUUCGAAGAGGACGAUGAGGACCUCGCCACCCUGGCACGGCAGGCCACUGUUGUUGUACCGACACCUGCGUCUUGCGUUUUGGAAACCUCUGGAAGUGAACAAAACACCAUGCGCAACUCCAUCGUUGAAACCCGAGUCCCAUCGCAAAGCAAUUUCUCCCGCCCAUUCAGCCAUGUCUCUCACACUCAGUCUAUCUUACCCUUGCAGACAGUGAAGUUGGAAAACCCCAAGCGAAACGUCUCUACUGAUUCAUUCAAGGGAACUACCAUCAACUUGGGCGAGGAUAUUUCUCCGAAACUCGUCCCCUUUGCUCAGCCUGCAGGUUUGUCGCCGAUUCGACUCCGGUCGGGAAACAUGCAAUCCCAAGAAUCUCCAACUCCCAAGCGCGUCGGCCUCAAGCGUUCUUUGACCAAGGAGCAACAGCGCCGGUACUCUGCCAGACGUGCACCGGUCGCGCAAGACGGCAGAGCAAAUCAAUUCCGUUCCAUGCGCUCCCAGCGAGACUCCCAUGCCAACAAUGAGAACCUGAGGCAGCAAGAAGAGUACGAUAACAUGAUGGAGAGCUAUCAUCAACUCCAGGAUAUUCAUUCUACGAUCUCGAGCAAGCGCAUGGUGGAUCUGUUUUUGGAUAGUCGGCGGCAGCGAACGAGUGAAUCCACUGAUGGCAAAGCGUCCACCGAGGCUUUUCUGUGA